AUGAUGAAUAAUGGUGCUCAACAACUAGCAUCGGAAGCCACAGUUUAUAUAAUGCUGGAAGAUGUUAACGAUGAAAUCCCAUUAUUUACCGAACGUGAACAAGAAACGGUGCUUGAAGGCGAACCAAUCGGAACAAAAGUAACGCAAGUGAAUGCCAUCGAUAAGGAUGGAACAUUCCCGAAUAAUCAGGUGUACUAUUAUAUUGUCGACUCACCACGUAAUGAAGGCAAAGAAUUCUUUGAGAUCAACUUACAAAGUGGCGAAAUAUUCACCAAAGUUGUAUUCGAUCGUGAAAAGCAAGGAGCUUAUGCACUAGAAGUUGAGGCACGUGACGGAGCACCAUCAGCACGUCCGAAUAGCAAUGGACAACCAAAUUCAGCUAAAACAAAAGCCAAAUUAAGAAAUUAA